GGAGAGAGCGGAGCGGGAAAGACAGAGAGCACCAAGCUGAUCCUGAGGUUCCUGUCGGCUAUGAGUGAGCACUCCCUGGAGCUCUCCUCAACAGACAGGACGUCCCACGUGGAGGAGGACCUCCUGGAGAGCAGGUACGCCCCCCUGGGUGUAACCACUAGUGUUAUUUUGGAGAGGUUGUGUUUACAUAGCUAAGGACUUGUGAAGAGUACAUUUAAGGGCCAGCCACGCUGCCCUGUUCUGAGCCAAAUGCAAUUUUGUCCCUCUUUUGGCACCUGACCACACGACUGAACAGUAGUCCAGGUGCGACAAAACUAGGGCCUGUAGGACCUGCCUUGUUGACAAUGGUGUCCAGAAGGCAGAGCUGCACUUUAUUAUGGACAGACUUCGCACCAUCUUAGCAACUGUUGUAUCAACAUGUUUUGACCAUGACAGUGUAAUAUUAUAUUGGCUCGAUAUGAAUUAUUGGACAGCACCUGCCAACUUUAUGUACAGAUUGUAAAACAUUUCCAGUUGUUUACUUUUUGGAAAGAGAGUAGUUUGCAAACCUUAUCUAGUUUCAGGUGCAUGGAGUAUGAAAAAGAAACUCCAGCUUGCUGCCAAUAUUCUUACUUUAACAAUCUAUCUCUUUCUGUCUCUCUCUCUCUCUCUCUCUCUCUCUCUCUCUCUCUCUCUCUCUCUCUCUCUCUCUCUUUCUCUCUCUCUACUCCUUUAGCCCAAUCAUGGAAGCCUUCGGCAACGCCAAGACCGUCUACAACAACAACUCUAGCCGCUUUGGGAAGUUUGUUCAACUGCACUUCUGUCAGAAGGGCAACAUCCAAGGCGGUAAAAUCGUGGACUGUAUCCUUUACUACGCUAUUAAUGCCCAUAGUGUGGACGGAAUUAUGUUUUCUACACAUCCUGUCCAAGUUCCUAUAGGAAAUGCUCCAAACUGCUGCCAAGCACUCUUCAGUGAAAGGUUUAGGUGAUGUGUGGGUUUAGUGUGCAGUGUCGCUGUUCUAGUUUCAGAUGUAUGACGAUCUCUGUUCUGGUGUGUUAGAGAAUGGGACAAUCAAUGACUAGGUGUAGAGAUAGAAACCUGCUUUCUCUCUCUCUCUGUCUCUAUUUUUCCUCCUCUUUAUUCACCCACUUUGACGUGUCACUCUCCCUCUCUCCUUUCUGUCUUUCUCUCUCCGUUAUCUUCCCCUCUUCUUUCUCUCUUUCUAAAAACCAGAUAAUUGUUUUACAUGAACCUCAAUGUGGAGCAUCCAACUUUCUCAAGGUAAUAUGUGCCUUAACUGCCACCUUUCUGCGCAAAGACCUCCUAGAGAAGGUAAAGAUUCUCUCUCUCUGUCUCUUUCUCUCUCUCUGUUGCUCUCUCUCUCAAUCUUUCCCUCCCCUCUAUCCCCUCUCUCUCUCCCUCUGUCUUUCUCUGGCUGUCGGUCGGUCGGUCUCUCUCUCCCUCCCUCCCACCUCUCUACAAUGUAAUUGUGUUGCAAUGUGUUGGAGGUGUGCGGUGAUGGUUGUGUCCUCUGCCCUAUCAGAAUCGAGUUGUUAGGCAGAAUCCAGGGGAAAGGAACUACCACAUCUUCUAUGCACUGCUGGCUGGAACCAAUGCAGAACAGAGGGGUGAGUAACAAUAUGAUACAUGGGGCAAACCAAAACAUAACAGAAGGGUGUAGCUAUCUCAUAGUUUAUUUUCUACAUGGGGCUAAAAGGCCCCCAAAGCAAGAUCCAAGCCCACUUUAGCAUCGAAACUGAACAUUGAAACCAAUAAUAGCCAAACUCUAUAAGAUCUGGUGGCCCGUCUCGCCUAAAUCAAAUCUAAAAAUCUAAUAACAUUUAAUUUGUCACAUGCUUCGUAAACAACCAGUGUAGACUCACAAGUAAAUACUUACUUAUGGGUCUUUUUCCAACAAUGCAGAGUUAAAGAUUAUUAAAUUAUUAAAUAAAAUAAAAUAAAAAUGAAAUAGUGACACGAGGAAUAAAUACACAGUGAAUAACAAUAACAAGUAAAAAUAACAUGGCUAUAUAAGGGGUAGUGUGAAAUUGUGUGUGGCGUGUGUGUGUGUGUGUGUGUGUGUGUGUGUGUGUGUGUGUGUGUGUGUGUGUGUGUGUGUGUGUGUGUGGAGUCCAGUGUGUGUGCAUAGUCAGUGCAAGAGAGCAAGAGAGUUAGUGCAAAAAAAGGGUCAAUGCAGGUAGUCCGAGUAGCCAUUUAAUUAGCUUAGCAGUCUUAUGGCUUGGAAGUAGAAGCUGGGUCCUGUUGGUUCCAGACUUGGUGCACUGGUACUGCUUGCCGUGCGGUAGCAGAGAGAACAGUCUAUGGCUUGGGUGGCUGGAGUCUUUGAAAAUGUUUUGGGCCUUCCUCUGACACCGCCUGGUAUAGAGGUCCUGGAUGGCAGGGAGCUCGACCCCAGUGAUGUACUGGGCCGUACUCACCACCCUCUGUAGCGCCUUGCGGUCGGGUGCCUUGCAGUUUUCGUAGCAAGCGGUGAUGCAGCCAGUCAAGAUGCUCUCAAUGGUGCAGCUGUAGAACUUUUGAGGAUCUGAGGGCCCAUGCGAAAUCUUUUCAGCGUCCUGAGGGGGAAGAGGCACUGUAGUGUCCUCUUCACAACUGUGUGGGUGUGGGAGGACCAUGUUAAUUCCUUAGUGAUGUGGACACCGAGGAAUUGAAGCUCUCAAUCCCGCUCCACUACAGCCCCAUCAAUGUGGAUGGGGCGUGCUCGCCCCUCCGUUUCCUGUAGUCCACGAUCAGCUCCUUUGUCUUGCUGAUGUUGAGGGAGAGGUUGUUAUUCUGGCACCACACUACCAGGUCUCUGACCUCCUCCCUAUCGGUUGCCUCAUCGUCGUCAAUGAUCUACCACUGUCGUGUUGUCAGCAAACUUGACGAUGGUGUUGGGGUCGUGCGCGGCCACGCAGUCAUGUGUGAACAUGGAGUACAGGAGGGGACUAAGCACACACCUCUGAGGGGGCCCCCAUGUUGAUGGUCAGCUUGGCGAAUGAGUUGUUGCCUACCCUCACUACCUGGGGGCGGCCGUUGGGAAGUCCAGGAUCCAGUUGCAGAGGCAGGUGUUCAGUCCCAGGUUCCUGAGCUUGGUGAUGAGCUUGGAGGGGACUAUUGUGUUGAAUGCUGAGCUGUAGUCAAUGAACAGCAUUCUUACAUAGGUAUUUACAGUUGAAGUCGGAAGUUUACAUACACCUUAGCCAAAUACAUUUAAACUCAGUUUUUCACAAUUCCUGACAUUUAAUCCUAGUAAAAAUUCCCUGUCUUAGGUCAGUUAGGAUCACCACUUUAUUUUAAGAAUGUGAACUUUCAGAAUAAUAGUAGAGAGAAUGAUUUAUUUCAGCUUUUAUUUCUUUCAUCACAUUCCCAGUGGGUCAGAAGUUUACAUACACUCAAUUAGUAUUUGGUAGCAUUGCCUUUAAAUUGUUUGACUUGGGUCAAACGUUUCGGGUAGACUUCCACAAGCUUCCCACAAUAAGUUGGGUGAAUUUUGGCCCAUUCCUCCUGACAGAGCUGGUGUAACUGAGUCAGGUUUGUAGGCCUCCUUGCUCGCACACAUUUUUUCAGUUCUGCCCACAAAACUCUGGAAGGAUGCUUGGGGUCAUUGUCCAUUUGGAAGACCCAUUUGCGACCAAGCUUUAACUUCCUGACUGAUGUCUUGAGCUGUUGCUUCAAUAUAUCCACAUAAUUUUCCUUCCUCAUGAUGCCAUCUAUUUUGUGAAGUGCACCAGUCCCUCCUGCAGCAAAGCACCCCCACGGCAUGAUGCUGCCACCCCUGUGCUUCACGGUUGGGAUGGUGUUCUUCGGCUUGCAAGUCCCCCCUUUUUCCUCUAAACACAACAAUGGUCAUUAUGGCCAAACAGUUCUAUUUUUGUUUCAACAGACCAGAGGACAUUUCUCCAAAAAGUACGAUGUUUGUCCCCAUGUGCAGUUGCAAACCGUAGUCUGUCUUUUUUAUGGCGUUUCAUGGCUAUAGAUGUAGAUAUAAUGUGUUUUCCUAUAUAAUGUUAGGAGAAACACUGGGUUAUAAAACAAUGAUAUCAAUUACACUUUUAACCCAUUAUUGAGUCUUUCUUUUUUCCAUGACAGAGGCCUUCAGUUUUUCCCAACCAGAGAACUACUACUACCUAAAGCAAUCUGGCUGUGUGGCAGACAAGUCAAUCAACGACAAAGACACUUUUCAGGAUGUACUGGUAAGGCCCUCCCAUCUCUAUCAAUGGUUUAUUGUUGAUGAUACAGUUCAGGCCCUUCAAAAGUUACUUUUCAAAAUGCCUUGCUGCAGCAAGCUGUACAUAUUUUACGGAACAUUUGUGGGGUGAUGCCAAGCACCAAGUUUAUUAGCAAUCAUCUAACAAUAACCCAUGAAUUAAAUACAUUUCUGAAAUAUGCCCAUGACGAUGACAUCCCCUUUGAAGCAAAUGUUUUUAUUUUUUUGCUAAUAUACCUUAUUUUUUUGUUUGUACACUUUUUAUUGCCCAGAACUGUUGUACACAUUGACAUUACUGGAACUACAAUUUGAAAAUGUCGGUGAAGGACUGAGCAGGCCUUGGUCAGUCAUGUAUUGCCACAGGGUCUACUGUCACAUUGUAUAAUGAUAGGAAGACGGGCGCAGGAAUACGUAUUAGGGGGUUUAUUUCUCCACCCAACACCAGGUACGUCAUAACAAACGACGGGGACGAAUCCCAAAACAAACACGUAUGUACAGUGGGGGAAAAAAGUAUUUAGUCAGCCACCAAUUGUGCAAGUUCUCCCACUUAAAAAGAUGAGAGAGGCCUGUAAUUUUCAUCAUAGGUACACGUCAACUAUGACAGACAAAAUGAGAUUUUUUAUCUCCAGAAAAUCACAUUGUAGGAUUUUUUAUGAAUUUAUUUGCAAAUUAUGGUGGAAAAUAAGGAUUUGGUCAAUAACAAAAGUUUCUCAAUACUUUGUUGGCAAUGACACAGGUCAAACGUUUUCUGUAAGUCUUCACAAGGUUUUCACACACUGUUGCUGGUAUUUUGGCCCAUUCCUCCAUGCAGAUCUCCUCUAGAGCAGUGAUGUUUUGGGGCUGUCGCUGGGCAACACGGACUUUCAACUCCCUCCAAAGAUUUUCUAUGGGGUUGAGAUCUGGAGACUGGCUAGGCCACUCCAGGACCUUGAAAUGCUUUUUACAAAGCCACUCCUUCGUUGCCCGGGCGGUGUGUUUGGGAUCAUUGUCAUGCUGAAAGACCCAGCCACGUUUCAUCUUCAAUGCCCUUGCUGAUGGAAGGAGGUUUUCACUCAAAAUCUCAUGAUACAUGGCCCCAUUCAUUCUUUCCUUUACACGGAUCAGUCGUCCUGGUCCCUUUGCAGAAAACCAGCCCCAAAGCAUGAUGUUUCCACCCCCAUGCUUCACAGUAGGUAUGGUGUUCUUUGGAUGCAACUCAGCAUUCUUUGUCCUCCAAACACGACGAGUUGAGUUUUUACCAAAAAGUUCUAUUUUGGUUUCAUCUGACCAUAUGACAUUCUCCCAUUCCUCUUCUGGAUCAUCCAAAUGCACUCUAGCAAACUUCAGACGGGCCUGGACAUGUACUGGCUUAAGCAGGGGGACACGUCUGGCACUGAAGGAUUUGAGUCCCUGGCGGCGUAGUGUGUUACUGAUGGUAAGCUUUGUUACUUUGGUCCCAGCUCUCUGCAGGUCAUUCACUAGGUCCCCCCGUGUGGUUCUGGGAUUUUUGCUCACCGUUCUUGUGAUCAUUUUGACCCCACGGGGUGAGAUCUUGCGUGGAGCCCCAGAUCGAGGGAGAUUAUCAGUGGUCUUGUAUGUCUUCCAUUUCCUAAUAAUUGCUCCCACAGUUGAUUUCUUAAAACCAAGCUGCUUACCUAUUGCAGAUUCAGUCUUCCCAGCCUGGUGCAGGUCUACAAUUGUGUUUCUGGUGUCCUUUGACAGCUCUUUGGUCUUGGCCAUAGUGGAGUUUGGAGUGUGACUGUUUGAGGUUGUGGACAGGUGUCUUUUAUACUGAUAACAAGUUCAAACAGGUGCCAUUAAUACAGGUAACGAGUGGAGGACAGAGGAGCCUCUUAAAGAAGAAGUUACAGGUCUGUGAGAGCCAGAAAUCUUGCUUGUUUGUAGGUGACCAAAUACUUAUUUUCCACCAUAAUUUGCAAAUAAAUUCAUUAAAAAUCCUGCAUUGUGAUUUUGUGGAUUUUCUUUUCUCAAUUUGUCUGUCAUAGUUGACGUGUACCUAUGAUGAAAAUUACAGGCCUCUCUCAUCUUUUUAAGUGGGAGAACUUGCACAAUUGGUGGCUGACUAAAUACUUUUUUCCCCCACUGUAUAUAUAUACAUACACAGGACGAGACCUGUAAUACCAAGAGCACAAUACACGAUACUCACGAGACCAACGGACAUGGGACAUAAUCGACAAGGACAAUGGGGAACAGAGGACACAUAUAUACACAUACUAAUGUGGGAACCAGGUGUGCGUAAUGAGACAACACAAUCAGAGGUUGGUGGUAAUGAUCCAUGUCAAUGACACCUAGAAGGCUGGUGAUGUAGACCUCCGAAUAUGGUGAACGAAAUGAGCGAGACAAUAUCGGCCUCGGGGACGACCAUAGGGACGCGGUGCGGAUCGGUCAGGGCGCCGACUGUGAAAAGCCCUGGUCAGUGAAGUGUCCAGGAUGUCCACCGCAGGAACAAAACACUGCUCCUCUGGGCCGUACCCCUCCCAGUCAAUGAGGUACUGGAGAUUCCCCGCCCGACACCUCGAAUCCAGGACUUCACGGACCGAGUAUGCCAGACCUCCCUCGAUUUCCAGAGGAGGAGGCGGGGCGUCACUGGGUCCAGCCUCAGUGAGACACAUGAAAAGUCAGGUUAAUGCAGUAGUCAACAGGGAGUUGCAAACGGGACGUUACCUCAGUAAUUCUCCUCAGGACUUUAAACGGCCCCACAAACUGUGGGCUCAGCUUCCAGCAGGGCAGGCGGAGGGACAGGUUCCAGUUGGAGAGCCAGACCCGGUCGCCUGGAGAGAAAACAGGAGCCUCACUGCGGUGGCGGUCGGCCUGUUCCUUGUGACGACGCACGGCCUGCUGGAGAUGAUUGUGCGCAGCAUUCCAGAUCUCCUCAGCGUGCCGAAACCACUCGGCCACCACAGUGGCCUCGGUGUGGCUCGGAUGCCAAGGUGCCUGGGCCGGCUGAUACCCCAACACGCACUGGAAAGGAGUGAGGUUAGUGGAGGAGUGGCGGAGGGAUUCUGCACAUACUCAACCCAAGGUAGAAAAUCCGCCCACUUCCCCUGGCCGGUCAUGACAGUAACACCUCAGGAACCUGCCCACCUCCUGAUUGACCCUCUCCACCUGCCCAUUAGCUUGAGGACGGUACCCGGAGGUGAGACUGACCGGGACCCCCAGGCGUUCCAAGAACACCUUCCAUACGCGUGAGGUGAACUGAGGGCCACGAUCUGACACAAUGUCCUCCGGGAUCCCAUAGUACCGGAAGACGUGCGUAAAAAGAGCCUCCGCAGUUUGCAUCGCCGACGGGAGCCCAGGCAGAGAAAGGAGGCGACAAGCUUUGGAAAACCGGUUCACAACGACGAGAACGGUGGUGUUCCCCUGGGAGGGGGGAAGGUCAGUAACAAAGUCCACAGAGAGGUGAGACAAGGGUCAUUGUGGAACCGGCAGGAGAAGGAGCUUAUAUAAACCGCUACGUCCCAUCCCAGCAUGUCCCGAAACACUUCGUUAAUAAAGGCCUGGAAGACUGAAGGAGCAUUAGACAGGCCAAAAGGCAUUACGAGAUGCAAGGCUGCUUUCCAUUCGUCGCCUGCACGAAUGCACACCAGAUUGUAGGCGCUCCUCAAGUCCAGUUUCGUGAAGUACUGCGCCCCGUGCAUUUGUUCGAUGAUGGUUAGGAUGAGGGGUAAAGGAUAGCUGAAGAUAAUGGUGGCUUUAUUCAGUGUUCAAUAAUCAAUGCAGGGGUGCAGUCCCCCAUCUUUCUUCUGAACAAAAAAUGAACUUGAGGAGGCUGGUGACGUAGAGGGGCGGAUAAAGCCCUGCUGGAGGCUCUCCUGUACGUAGGUCUCCAUGGCCUCGGUCUCCGCACAGGAGAGGGGAUAGACGUGUCCUCUCGGAAGGGCUGCGUCAAACAGCAGGUCAAUGGCACAGUCCCAGGGGCAAUGAGGAGGCAGGUGUGUAGCCUGGGUCUUAGAGAGAACCCAGUGCAGAUCCUGGUAUUCCUCCGGUAAAUCCACUUGAGUGGCAUGGUCCGGACAUUCCACCUUAGUGGCGUUGACAGACACCGCGAGACACCUCCCCUGACACUCCUGCGACCAACCCAGCUCCUAUCAGACCAGGAAAUAACAGGGUUAUACCAACUCAACCAGGGGAGACCUAAAACAACGGGGUGCAUGGGGGUGUCUAUAAUCAAAAAGGUGAUCUGUUCUAAAUGAGUGUCAUGGGUCAGCAGAGAAACGGGAACAGUGAUGUGAUGUACGAGCCCAGUCCCUACUGGACGAUUAUCCAGGGCACGAACCGGAAUGGGAACCAAAGGAAUGCGUAAUACAGUGGCCAGUGCGCUAUCUAAAAGAUUGCUGGCAGCUCCGGAAUCAAUCAGAGCUAACUGGAAUGAAGGGCUAGGGUAUUCAGGGAAUUGAAUGGGAAAAACACACUGGUUGAGCUGACAGAAAAGGAGAGGAGGUCUUGCAUCCUAUCUCGGUUGGAGCAAGGGAAUUCCCUGGCUUGUCACCUCCUCGCCUAUUAGUGGAUAGAGGGCAGGUUGGGGAGGAAUGACCCCUUUCUCCACAAUAGGAGCAGAGGCCCAGAUUCCUCCCUCUCCUACGCUCUGCCUCGGUCAAACGUGCAGAGCCCACUUCCAUCGGCUCUGACCACGGAGCAGGUGUAGCCAUGGGCUACGGAUUCUGUGCAGGUUUUCGUCAGGACCGCAGGAGGUUGUCCAACCGGAUCGCCAUGCUGAUGAGCUGGUCGAGUGACAGGUUGUCAUCACGGCAAGCUAACUCCAUCUGUACCUCCUCCAGCAGUCCGCUGCGGAGACAGCCUUGACGUAGCGAGUGAGGUACAGGUCGCAUUGCAGAAGGAAUCCCUUGCAUCUCGCUGGCGCGCCGUCAAAGCGUUCCGGGAGGGACAGGAGUAUUCCACUGACCGGCUCAGAUGGGCCGGAGGCAGGUAGUGGUUGUGUGGGGACUGGUGCCGGAACCGGUGCUGGAGACUGGAGGAACUGCACAUUCCCCUCCAAACGCAGGAUGGUUGCCAACACGCUGUCCAUGGCGCUGCCGAGUCUGGAAAAACAGACCUUGUGAUGCUAGACUGUCUCUACGAUGGUCGCCAGCUUGGCCUUUCCCGCUGUCUCCAUUUGGAGGUUGAUUAUUCUGUCACGUUGUAUAAUGAUAGGAAGACGGGCGCAGGAAUACGUAUUAGGGGUUUUAUCACCCAACACCAUGUACGUCAUAACAAACGACGGGUACGAAGCCCAAAACAAACACGUAUAUAUAUAACACAGGGCUGUAACCCUAACAAAAGAGCGAGGUGUAAACCUCUAAAUACAUACACGGACGAGACCCGUAAUACCAAGAGCACAAUACACGGUACUCACGAGACCAACGGACAUGCGACAAUAAUCGACAAGGACAAUGGGGAACAGAGGGCGCAUAUAUACACAAACUAAUCAGGGGGAAGGGGAACAGGUGUGCGUAAUGAGACAAGACAGUCCGGGGUUGGUGGUAAUGAUCCAUGUCAGUGACGCCUAGAAGGCCGGUGACGUAGACCUCCGGAACUGGUGAACGGAAUGAGCAGCAGUACCGGGGGGAUCUGUGACAUCUACAGCUGCAGCUCAUACCAUAGAGACACUAAAGCACCAGAUUCCACUUAUAGUGGUCUGGAUUCAACUUUGCUUGGUUUGUACAGGGAUAUGGUAAUGAAUUGAAUUAAAUGGUUUCAUGUCUAGACAGAUUGAAGAUACAGGAAAUCUAGGAGAUAUUGAGUUAUUUAAUUUGUUUGUUUGUUUUUUCUUGGGGGCACAACCUCCUUUUUUGGCGGCAUCAACAUUCUGUCCAUUUGUGGGGUUUUCCAUCCCAGAAUGCAAUGCGGACCAUGCAGUUCACAGAGGAGAAUAUCCGGGAGAUCCUUCGGCUCCUGGCGGGAAUUCUUCAUGCCGGGAAUAUCGAGUUCAUGACGGCCGGAGGAGCUCAGGUCUCUUCCAAAACAGGUUAAUGUCUCUCGUCUCUUCUCUCCUUCCUCUCCUCCUCACGCUCCCCCUUUUCCUUGAGGUACUACCUAUGACAUGCUACUUUACUUGAGAUGCUCCCUAUCCUUAUCCUAGUCCUGGGUUGUCCAAGUUUAACAACUGCACUGAGAUUUGUUGUCCCCUAUACCUUAGCGCUAGGGUUACCUUAACCUUUUGCCUCAGCUAAACAAUAAUAUUCUGCCUAGUGAAAUGUGAUAUGUAAUGAACACACUCGUAUAUCAACCUCAACUGUCAUAACAAGAUUGGUGUUUAGAAAUAACCUUGAUUUAAAGAUUGGUGUUUAGAAAUAACCUUGAUUUAAUCACAUUAUGAAACUAGAGCAGUGGUCACUUUGAAGAUCACUUUCGCAGUCAAAUAAGAUCUCAGACUCAGAUAAUUUUUAAAAACAUGAUAUAAGAAAUAUAACAUUAGCCCAAUAAAAACUUUUCUGUAGGAAUGAGGUUUGUGCAGUAGGCCUAAUACAUUAUCACAGCAUAUUGGCUAUAUGCCUGGCCUGCCAAUAUUGUUAUUCUCAGACCAUAUUAUAUUUAAAAACUCGAGGCACAACUGAGCAUAAAUUGAAAUAAUUUGUAAAUAAUUGCCUUUUUUAUUUUACUGGACUGAUGGUACCUGCAUCUGAUGGUCAUGGUGCUUUCAAGACAACUGGGAACUCGGAAAAGACACAAGGUCAAAUCAUGACGUCAGUGAUCUUCAGGUCAGAAAGUCGGAGCUCUAGAAAGAUUCCUGAGUUUCCGACUUGGAAUUCCGAGUUGGAUGACCGUUCAAAACUAUUUUCCCAGUCGGAUCUUGUUUUCUUCAGAGUUCCCAGUUGUCUUGAACACGCUGAAGUCGGAGAUUUCCGAGUUCCCAGUUGUUUUGAACAUGGCAUUAGUCUCAGUGGAGGGAGGGAGAGAGAAGCAGAGGGUCCGCCAUUCAUGGUCCCAGCUCUCUCCAUCCUUUCCUCCCGAGACUGAACAGAGAGAGGGGACCUGGUGGCGAAACUCGAGUUGGACUCAUCUGCCUCAUGCACACGACGAGCUGCUAAAAAUAAUACAAAUGCAGGGCGAUCUAUACACUUGCUACUCAGUCAUUGCAGCUGCAGCGCCAGUGGAAGUAGGGAGAAUCGCGUUUUAUGUUUUGCAAUAGUGUUGAAUACAAACUUAGAAUUCACUCAUAAAAACAGCAGCUCUUUGCUGUAUUCUUUGACAGUCGCUCUCUGGUCAUGGUUUUAAAAGUAAUGAAAUCUCACGUAGGCUAGUAUCAAACUUUGCUGUGGCCGGGGUCAUGGAAGCUGUAGGCACGGUGAUUUGAGCUAUCCGAUUGGCCAGCGCAGUAGGCUCACUUGAUUUAGCCACAGAUCUCCCGGUCCGCCGGGUAGGCGAAGCUUGUUUUUUCAGACAAAUUAAAUGGUUUAAAAUGGGAACACUUUGACUACCCGAUGAGCAUGGCUUCAUUAUCAAGUGCACUUACCGCCAACAGCGCAACAUGAAUAAUAAUAAUAAAAAGGAGUCUUUAUCGUUGGCUUUUCUACAGAAAUGUUUGGUGAUCAACUAGGAAUGCCUUGAAGAUCGAUCAGUUGGUGACCACUGAUCUAGAGGGUCAUAGACUGACAUGAUGACAACACAGCAAAGGAGAUAUAUUGUACAGUACCUAUUACACCCCCACCUCCCUUUCUAAAAUACCACUGUCUGUGUGUCUGUAGCACUGGGCAGGACAGCGGACCUCCUGGGACUGAACUCAGAACAACUGGCCGAGGUACUGACCCACAAGUCCAUGAUCCUAAGGGGUGAGGAGAUCUGCACGCCGCUCACCGUGGAACAGGUAACCAUGAUGACAGAGGACACCAGUUGACCCCAUUGUUUUACAUCAGGUGGUGGCUUCACUCCUUUGCGACACUAGUCCCACGACACACAAAUAUUUGACCACAUGGUCAACACCUGACAUUGACGCCUGACUGGGGUUUAGGGCAGAUAGAUAGACCAGGGGCAUGUGUUAUGCCAAAGGGAAACAUUUAGGGCUGGUGUUUCAUAGUCAAUGGCGCCUGCCCAACUGUGAGGUUAGCCACCAACUUUGUGAAAAAAUACUUUGUUUCAAAGUCAAUCAUGGCUUAUCUCUACCUUGUUUAAAUAGGUCCUGCUAGACAAAACAAAGCAUUCAUUGUCUCUUACUGUUAUGGUGCGACCGCUGUUGUUGUUGUCAGCUUUUGAAGGCAGGGUGUGUAUUGGCCACUGACCCUGAACCAUUUCCCCUUGCGUGACCUAGGUUGUGUUCAUUAGGCACUAAACUUAAAACGUUUUUAAAAUGUUUGCAAAAGAAAACAUGAAAUACAGUUUACUCCCUCCCUGUUUCACUUAGUUGUCUUGCAUUUGGUGCCUAAUGAACCCCAACCCCAUCAUGUGCCCGUAUGUGUCUGAUUUCAUCUCUAAAGCUGGGAGUGUAGCUGACCAGGCUAAUCACAUUUGAUGCUGAUUCAGCAGAUAUGGUCAGCAGAUAAACAGGAGACACAACUCGUGCCAGACUGGAUUAAUGCAAAUUACAUUGCCACAAGCAGCACCGCAGAUAUUGAGAUGAGCGAGAUGCAAGACUUCGCUCUCACACAGUCACACUCACAGUAUCUGUGCAUUUGCACGGGUUCGCUGUUUGGUGCCCUGGCCCGUACACAUGCACAGAUACUGUGUAUGUGACUGUGUGAGAGCGAAGUCUUGCAUCUCUCUCAUCUCAAUAUCUGCGGUGCUGCUUGUGGCUGUGUCACUUCGCUGAGUCUACCUUUUUGGUCAGGCGGGCGAUGGUCUACUUGUGGUAAUCCAGUCUGGCUCAAGUUGUGUCUCCUGUUUACCUGCUGACCAUAUCUGCUGAAUCAGCGUCAAAGCCUCACGCUUCAACGCUCUUGGCGGAAAUGCUGUUUACUUUCUGCAUCUACGUCAUAUCACUGAGUCUACCUUUAAUAACUUGGCUUAUGUAGGUGAUCAUAUGUAGACUAUUUAAACUGGCCUCUAUACAGAACCUUUGCCUCUGGGGGUGCUCUUGAGUCAAAAGGGUCCCCUAAAUGGACAGAAAGUGUUUCCAGAAAUGACUACAUUUGACAGAAAGGAGCACACCUCCCUAUCCCAAGUGUAGGUAUUUUGCAAUCAGAAAAAGCAGAAACAGAUUGUGGAAGUCACCUUUAAAAGCCUAUUGCAAAGCACAAGUUGCUUAUCUGCUUGUGUUUGAAUCCCAGCCACGGUAUAAAUUAAUUAAUGGUUACACCAAGGGAUAGUCAAUUUAAAGGUCAUCCAGAGUAAUUUAUAUUCCUAUUUUACUUGAACGAGAACAGGCAGCUUCCUUUUUGUAAAACUGAGAUGUCAUUUCCUUUUUCCCAGGCGGUGGAUUCCAGGGACUCCAUGGCGAUGGCACUUUAUUCCCAGUGUUUCACCUGGAUCAUCCGGAAACUCAACAACCGUAUCCGGGGGAAAGAGGACUUCAAAUCCAUUGGCAUCCUAGACAUAUUUGGAUUUGAGAAUUUCGAGGUUGGUUGGUUGGAAAAAAACAAUUUUGGGGGUACAAGGUAUAAUGUCUGCAUCACUUGCCUUUUUGAUACAUUUUCUAAAUGAUCAUGUCUUAUGUUUCGUUUUUUUUUAUUGUGAGCAACAUAUGUCUUAGUCAGCAAAUUCACUGAACACAAGCAAUGAUGUACGUUUAUCUUAAUGUUGAUUUCUCAUAUCGGCUGUCACCAUCAGUAAUGAAUAAAAAUGGCCUCCAGCAAAUUCAGCCAAAUGAAAGUGCCUGAGCUGAACUCAUUAGUUCAAAUCAGCUAUCAGUCAUCCAUGAGACAGUUCACCCUCAAGGGCAACAGGUGUUUAUCAUGACCUAGUUAACUCUCAAACUUAAGUAGCAGAUUUGCACAUUCAUUAUGAUAUCUAUGAUCUUAGUGUUCCCUAUAGGAUCCUAGCAGCCAGGCCCUGCAUUUACAAAACGUCUUAGAGGAGGAGUGCUGUUUUAAGAUCAGUUUUGCCUUUUAAAUCAUAAUGCAUGAGAGGUCGGAACUGAUCCUAGAUCAGUACUCCUACUCUGAUUUGCUUUGUGAAUACAGCUGCAGAUUUACAAACGUUCUGGCUGUUUUAACAGAGGGAAGUAAUUAGAGCUGGGUGGAAGAAAAAUGCAGGUAGCCUAGCGGUUAGAGUGUUGGGCCAGUAACCGAAAGGUUGCUAGUUCAAAUCCCUGAGCUGAUAAUGUGAAAAUCUUUCGAUGUGCCCUUGAGCAAGGCACUUAACCCUAAUUGCUCCAGGUUCGCAGUUGAUAAUGGCAGACCUGGCCGUGACACCACUCCCAGGGGGAGUUGGGGUAUGCAAAAAACAAAUGUCCAAUUCACACACAUUGUUAAUACACCCUUGUUACAUGUGUGAAAUAGGACAAAUCUAAGCACCCACCAAGUUAUUAUAAGAACACUUUUAAGUAGAGUUUCAUGUUGUACCUUUCUAUUGUUACAACAUGAAACCCUGUUGGAAAAAUCAUCAGGAGCAAACCAUUACAAAAAAAUCACUUGGGGGAUGUACCCCAUGACCCCCCUACCAAGCAAUUGUCAAUCUUUAGUAUGUGAGUCUUACAUGGAUCUAUCUCUCUGACAGGUCAACCGCUUUGAGCAGUUCAACAUUAACUAUGCAAACGAGAAACUUCAGGAAUACUUCAACAAGCACAUCUUCUCACUGGAGCAACUUGAAUACAACAAGUGA